AUGGAACUGUCCUUCCCCCAAUUCAGCCUCUUCCCCGCCGAGCUGCGUGUCAAGAUAUGGCAACACGCGCUUCCGCAACGUACUGUCUAUGUCCGUCUUCGCAUGAAUAUGGAUGCUUGGAAUUGGGCAUCUGAGUCAGACUGGUGGGCGCAUUACAUGCUUAGCAGCGAUUACAUGUACCCGGAAUCGCCUCCACCGGCGCUCUUCUUCGUUAAUCACGAGUCCCGUGCGGAAACACGAAAGUUCUAUCGGCGCCUGAGUAUCGAUAGGGAAUUGCUGAAACAAUACCUCUUCACCGCGACUGACCAUGAACAAUAUGGCGUGAGUGAUGACGUGGAAGAUACUGCUCUAGAGCGCACGUGCAACGCCGGCAAAACACCUUGGUUCAACGUCGAUACCGAUGUCUUGGAAUGGAAGCAGUCAAGCGCUGGAGCUGCGAUAACAUUACCAAGUACGCUCAUCAGCGCUCUGGUAUUCGCUGUUCUAGACAGGAGAACUGUCGUGAAGAGCUUGACCAUAAAGAUGAGAGAUGUAAUCACCGAAGAAAAGUGGGCGCUGCGGCUGGUUCGAUCGCCCGCGAGAAGGCGGGUAUUGGAAGUAGGCGACGAUGUCGGGGCGGUCCUCAAGGAGUAUGGGGCCUGCUUCCUGGGCGGGUUCAAGGAACGUAAAACCGAGCCGGGGACAUUGCACCGAGACAUGGGACAAAGCUUGGCCGCAACCCGACUCGCCCUCCCUUCCGCUCUCGAUAUACGAGUAGACACCCGCUGCGCUGUAUACAAGGUCCGCAGCGUUGCAGACGCGGCUGGUCCCUACCGUGGCACAGACCGAAUGGAGCUUGUUCAGAAUUGGCCACGGAUGGGGACGAAUCCUCUACGCAGAAUUUUGGUGCCAGACGACCUUCAGGGCGACCUGAUGCUUGUUCUCUUCUCGUUGCAGGGACAUGAAGUGCUAGGCGGAUCUCUGACUGGUCAACCCAACACGGGCCUUGUGCCAUUCCAUGGGUUCUGCUUGCCAGAGUAUGGGCUUUCGUGA